AUGCCGGCGCCGACGGGGCGGCCGCCGCACCUGACGACGCCGCCGUACGUGCACCACUUCGACACGUGGUCGCUAGUCAAGCAGCUGGAGGGCAGUGGUUUCAGCGCGCGGCAGAGCGUCAGCGUCAUGAAAGCCAUACGGGGCAUACUAGGGGACAACCUGGACGUGGCGCGCGACGGGCUGGUCGGCAAGUCGGACGUCGAGAACGAGACGUACUUGUUCCGCGCCGCAUGCAGCGAGCUGCAGACCGAAGUGGAGAAUAACCGUAAGGCGGAGAAUGAACGCAUGAGCACGCAACGCAAUCAGCUGCAGCAUGAGGUGGAUAUUUUGACGCAGCGCCUGGAUCAGGACUGCAGUAAUAUGAAGGAGGAGCUAAAGGGCAUGUUUGACGACCGCAAGAUGACGGUGCGCAUGGAGCAGCGCGCCAUGGAGAGCAAGAUCCAAGAACUCAACUACAAGAUCACAGUCGCGCUGAACUCGGACGCGCGCUCCGAAGUUGAAGGUCUCCGCUGGACCAUCACGCGCCGCGCCGUGACGGCCAUCGUCAUCGUCGCCGCCAGCAUCCUGUCAACCCUCAACUACAGCUCGUACAUGACGCGGACGCAGGAGCAGGAGCGCAAGAAGAUGUCGGAGGCGUUGCAGGAGGGCGGGCUGGCGGGGCUGGCCGACGCGCACGCCAGCACCGUGGGCCAGGUACACUCGAGUAGCUCGGGGGCCGGCAAGGGUAGCAGUAGCGUUGUUGGGAGUGGGGGCAUGAGUGGCGGUGUCACGGGCGGGGGCGUCAGUGGGUACGGCAACGUGGAGGCGGUGAUGAAGGCGUUGGAGGGCGAGGGGGCCGGCGAUGGUGUCAUGGUCAGUGAGGGCGGUGUUAGCUUGGGGUGA